AAUUGGUAUCGAUGCAGGCGUCAGAUGACUGAUGGGAGGGUCAACCCAAUGACCGGCCUUGAAGCUGAACAUUUGGGCGGGGUCCCCUGCCGCCUGCCAUGGUAACGAUGCAGGACUGCAAUAUAUAAAUGUUCGUGGCAGUGGUGAUCGGCAGAACAUCAACACCUUCACACCGACACGUCUCAGAAUGGCUGCUCGUCUGGUCGUAUUGGGUUUGCUGGUCGCUGGCUGCCAGUGCUGGAAGCUCCCGGUCGUCAACCAGGGACGCCGGGCCCAGUACUACACGCAGCAGAACGACGGCUCCUACAGCUACGGCUUCGACACCGCCGAGGGCCUCUAUCAGGCCCAGGAAGGCGAUGACUUCAAUGAGGUGCGCGGAAAGUUCGGCGCCGAUGGCGGCAGCGUCGAGUACACUGCCGGCGUCAACGGCUACGUGGUGACGUCCCUCAAGGAGCCUAGUGCUCCCUCCACCAGGACCUACGUGAGCCAGACCCCCGUCCGCUACGCUACCCUGGAGGAGCUGGCUACGCACCCUGAGCAGGUAGAGGACACCGCCGAGGUCAAGGCUGCCAAGGCCACCUUCAGGGCCACCUACGAUGCCCUGGCUGCCGCUGCCGAGGCUGCUCCUGAUGUGAACAUCAUCACUGGUCCUGCCCCUGCUGCUCCCGUCCACUCUGUUACGUACAGCGCACCGGCUGUCCCAGCUGCCCCGAUCACCGAGGAGACUUCCUUCACAGCUCAGGGAGCUUUUGACGACAGUAAUACCGUCCCUGCCGUGCGCGCCAGCCACGAUAUUCUACACAGCAUCACCUUUGAUGACGUCAACCUGAUGGUUGCUUAUCCUUUUGAAGCGAGUAAGAUCGGAUACUCCUACGAAUAGAUCAAACAAUGCUUUGCGACUCGAAACAUCUCUGUCCGACAACUGGCGUGCAAGGCCAAUGCUUGAUAAUUUGACUACGCUGUUGUAGAGCUUUUUUUUUACAAGAUAUAGGUCCAGCUUUCGUGGUUUUGGUUGUUACCGGCACCGCGAGUUUCCUGUCUAUGUGUUUCUGUCGACCAAUCGAAUCUUCUGUACGAUAGUGUAAGUAAGUAAGAAUAUGUUUACAUAGGUAAACAUAUUCUUACUUACAGCAAUGUCUUUUUUCUGUACAUGCUUACAAUCGCGACGGCAUAUAAGCUCGGGUUGGAAUCAUGUGGCAAAUACAUUUCUCAGCGCA